GCUGGGCAGUUGGAAAGCUGGGAGGUCCUGGACUGGCGACAGCAGCCGCGCUGUCCGUUCAGGAGAUCUUUCAUCCCUUUCGAUCCGGAAGCAGUAGAAAGUUCCGGAGGCGCAGCGAAAAUUGCCCGGAGGCGGCGAGCCUUGGGAAUCGAUUCGAUCGAAGAUCCUGCGGGCGAGGAUGCGACCGUGCCACCCCUGCAAAGCUUCCGUGAGUUGAAGGAUGCUCUGCCUGAGUGGCUGCUGCAGGCCUUGCCGAACCCACCCAGCCCACUUCAGGCCCAGCUGCUGCCCAUUAUGCUGGGAGGCUCAAACGCCAUUGCCGUUGCAGCUGACAUCCCUGCUGGCCAGGAGGCACUUUCCUACCUGGUAGCUGCUGCCAUGCAGGCUGGGGACCAGCACGGGCUCACCGAGGAGGAGCCUGGUCCAGUGGCCCUGGUGCUGACAGCAACGCAGGACUCAGCCGCAUCAGUGGCAACGUGUGCAACGGGCCUUCUCCGAUCUUCAGGUCGCAGUGGGAAGGCGCUGCGCGCGGUAAACGUGUCAGGUGGCGGUUCGCGUGCCGACAAACUCCGUGAGAUGACAUCAUGUGGUGCACACGUGGUGAUUGGAACCCCAAAGAGGAUCCACGACCUUGCCAGCAAGUACCAGGUUUGCCUGCUGAGGGUCACUCUUCUCGUUUUGGAUGGUGUGGACCGAAUGAUGAGCCUCAUGUCAGAGAUGCGGGACCUGGCAAAGUGGAUUCGGCCGGAGCGGCAGACGCUGCUGCUUUCCAGAGCAUGGGGGCCAGAACUUGAGGAUGUCGCAUCCGAGCUGUGCCUGGCGGGCGGAGUUCCGGCAAUGCUCUCAGGUCCUCCUGCCUCUCGAGGAAGCAGCUUCGUGCAGAGACUUGAUCGCAAGGUCAAAAUUCAGAAGUCCGGAAGCUGA